ACAAGUUACCGACGAGGUAUCAAACAGAACUCAUAGUUCGAUCCAAAAGAACAGAAGUUAACUGCAAGUUAUUUCGUCUUCUUCUGGAUAAUUUCAACUAGCAUCAUGCUACCAACGACCGCUUUUGUUGCGUCCAUUCUACUGGUGGUUGGGGCAGCUAAUGUGCCACGCUUAGUACUAGACGAUUCGUACGUCAAUCGUGUAGUUGGUGGUGAAGAAGCGAAGAAUGGAUCUGCACCAUAUCAGGUGUCGCUGCAAGUGUCUGGCUGGGGUCACAACUGUGGUGGAUCACUACUGAACGAUCGAUGGGUUCUAACCGCAGCUCACUGUCUUGUCGGGACUGAUCCCAGCGAACUUUUAGUGCUUGUCGGUACAAACAGUCUGAAGGAGGGAGGUGAGCUACUGAAGGCAGACAAGCUGCUGUACCACAGUCGCUAUAACCGUCCUCAGUUCCACAACGACAUUGGCCUGGUGCGUCUGGAGAAGCCGGUGAAGUUUUCCGAGCUCGUGCAAAGCGUCGAAUAUUCGGAAAAGGCUGUUCCCGUCAAUGCUACGGUACGAUUGACUGGUUGGGGUCGCACUAGCACCAAUGGCCCAGUACCUACGAUGCUACAAAGUCUGAAUGUCGUCACACUGUCGAACGCAGACUGCAAGGCUAAGACGGGUAAUCCUUCAAAUGUUGAUGUUGGACACGUCUGCACCUUGACCAAGGCUGGCGAAGGAGCAUGCAAUGGAGACUCUGGCGGUCCACUGGUGUAUGAGGGAAAGCUUGUGGGAGUUGUAAACUUUGGCGUUCCUUGCGGUCGAGGAUAUCCGGAUGGGUUCGCACGGGUAUCGUAUUACCACGAAUGGGUUCGUACAACUAUGGCCAACAACUCCUAAUCUGAAGCUGUCGACAACUUGAAACCUCAACUGAAUGAUGAAUAAAACCAUUGCUAAUUAAUAUUA